GGGCCGGGGCCGGGCGGGCUGACGCGGCGCUCCGUCGUCUCGCCGGCAGCGGGAUGGAGAGGCUGGGCGCUCCCGCCGCCCGCCGCCGCGAGCUGCUGGGCCACGUCCUGGUGGCCCUCUUCGCCAUGGGCUCCUGGGUCUCCGUCAACUCGCUCUGGGUGGAGCUGCCCGUCGUGGUGAAGUUCCUCCCGGAAGGCUGGAGCCUGCCCGCCUACCUGACCGUCCUCAUCGCGCUGGGCAACGUGGGCCCCGUGGCGGUCACUGCGGUGCACCGGCUGGCCCCGAGGAGCCUGGACGAGCGGCGGGUCAUCUACGGCAUCCAGGCGCUGGCGGUGGCGGCCGCCUUCCUCCUGGCGCUCUUCUGGGACCACGUGGUGGUGGUGGCGGGGCAGGACCGCAGCGUUGCCUACCUCGCCCUGGCCUUCGUGCUGGCCACCGUCUGCUGCACCUCCAACGUCACCUUCCUGCCCUUCAUGUACCGCUUCCCGCAGGCCUUCGUCCGCACCUUCUUCAUCGGGCAGGGCCUGAGCGCCCUGUUCCCCUGCGUGCUGGCGCUGGCGCAGGGCGUGGGGCAGGUGGAGUGCCUCAACGGCACGCAGCCCCGCUACCUGGAGGAGCGCUUCCCCGCCACCGUCUACUUCUGGCUCGUGCUGGCCUUGCUGGCCGCCUCGGCGCUGGCCUUCCUGGGCCUGGUGGCGUGGCGCGGCGCGGCCGGCCCGGAGCCGCCGGGCGCCUCCAAGGAGAGCAUGGCGACGGAGGAGGCCUUCCCGCUGCAGGACAGCCCGCCGGCGGCGGGCAGCGCCGCCGCGCCGGAGGUCCCGGCGCCCGCCGGCUCCCCGCUGCGGCGCACCGCCUACCUGCUGGCGCUGCUGGCCGCCUCCAACGCCCUCACCAACGGCGUGCUGCCCUCGGUGCAGAGCUACUCCUGCCUGCCCUACGGCAGCCUGGCCUUCCACCUCGCCGUGGUGCUCAGCAACAUCGCCAACCCCGUGGCCUGCUUCGCCGCCAUGUUCCUGCUCUGCAGGUCGGCUGUGGGCCUGGGCAUCAUCUCAGUCCUAGGAACGGCGUUCGGGGCCUACCUGAUGGUGCUGGCCGCGCUCAGCCCCUGCCCGCCCCUGGUGGGAAGCGCCCUGGGGACAGCGCUGGUGGUGCUGUCCUGGAUCCUCUUCGUGGGGCUCUUCUCCUACCUGAAGGCGGUGGUGGGCAGCCUGCUGCACGAGGCCGGGCACGGCGCCCUGCUCUGGUGCGGGGCCGCCAUCCAGGCGGGCUCCCUGCUCGGCGCCCUCGCCAUGUUCCCCGUCGUCAGCGUCUACCGCCUCUUCCGCAGCGGGCAGGACUGCGUGGACGCCUGCGGCGCCUGAGCGGGGCCGCCGCGCAGUGCCGUGCCGUGCCGCACAGUGCCGUGCCGCGCAGUGCCGUGCCGCGCAGUGCCAUGCGGUGCCGUGCAGCGUGGUGCCGUACCACGCUCGCCUUCCCCCUCGCUCCGGCUCCCGGCCGGGAUGGGGGGCUCCCGGGGCGGCCCCCCCCCAGCCCACCCUGCCGCAGGCCGGCGCGCCUCGUCCCCAACCUGGAAUAAAGUUAUUUUGUACGGCGCUGA